AUGGAACGAAGCACUACAGAAGUUACACAGCGAGCUACAACUGACGGCUCUUUUAUCUUGUAUAUUAAUAAUAAUAGUAAUUUUCUCACCGAUUCAGCAAAUCUGGAGCAAAGCACGGUAGAAGUUACACAGCGAGCUACAACUGAUGCAAAUAUGGAACGAAGCACUACAGAAGUUACACAGCGAGCUACAACUGACGCAAAUCUGGAGCAAAGCACGGUAGAAGUUACACAGCGAGCUACAACUGAUGCAAAUAUGGAACGAAGCACUACAGAAGUUACACAGCGAGCUACAACUGACGAUUUUCGUCAACGUUUAGUAAUUCAACAAAAAGGAUCCUUUUGUUAUAAGAAAAAAUCUGUGAAGAACAAGUAUAAUAGUAAUACAAAUGCAUAGAAUGGUUGGAGAACUAUAGAGUAAGCUUUUCUUCAAUCAGUUUGUUUGAGCUGUCCUUAAAACGUCAGCCAUCAGUCAUCGGUUAUUGUCAUCUACAUGAUAGUACAGUUUGUCAUCAAUUACAUUAUGAUAAGCAGACCAAUAGUAAAAUAUGCUCGUCUGUAAAUAUUAAGAUAAUGUGUUGCCGUCCGAGGCACGCGAAAUGAAUUCACUUAUUGUUUACAAUGUCUUAGCAUUACAUUAAAAGGACUGUGACUCAGUAAAGUGGGUUGGUCAAAAUGUAAUUUUAUGGAACCGGAUCAUAAAAUUAACUGGUUUGUGAUGCAGAACGUGCACACUUACUGCGACAACAUUGCAUCGUUUCAUUAAUUAGGCAUUAAUAUGCAUUGUAGGCCUACAAAAUUAAAUGGCGUAUGUUACCUAACUCUACCAAACGAUGUAACCUUUGUAUACAAGAUAAGUAUUUUAUUAUAAUUAUGUCAACCCGAAAUUUGUACUCUAAAUCAAAGGAACGAAUUAUUCAGUUCAUGUAGACAUAGACGCAAGUUCUUUUUACGAUGUGCUACUUAAUCCUACAGGCUUUCUUUUAUUCAUCUAAACAAUAGAAACUUAAUUACUUGGUAAUUAGCAUACUUUUGUUCUGAUAAACUGUCACAAUCUAUGUACUUAGUUGGUUAUUCCUUCACUCAGAGCUUAGCACCUGAUGAUUGAGGCACCCCUCAUGAAACAGCCUGUAGUGCAAUAAAAU